CUUCAGAACACGCAUGCGCGGCAGCGGUAUGAGGAAGGAACUACAGAAACAUGAUUAGUUUGUUGUUUUAUGUCCUCUACCCGAUAUCUCGCUACGUGACAAGUCGACACUCAGAGUCCUUGCAGAAGGAUCCUCCUCCUGCACAGGUUCAUGGCAAAGCGGCGUGGGAUGGUGGCGCCGUCGCAACCAGGAGCUUCGCCCAGUGUCAGAGCUCCCUGCUGGCCCAGGGGCCCAACCCCAGCCCGAGUCUUGGGACGAAGCAAGAGACAAAGGAAAGGAUGAAAGAACCGAGCCCAGGACAGGAAGAUGACACGAGGCCUGUGCCAGAGGAAGAGCACCUCGGGCCUGUCCCGCGCGGGGAGGCCAAGGGCAGAGCGGCUUCAACGUUGGGUGAGGGGAGAUCCACGUCGACGGAGAAAGAAGCAGAGACGAGAAAUGCACUGCAGCAAGACAAAGGGGAAGCUCCCACACAAAACUCCGGGGAACUAACUAUUCACCACCAGGCGCUCAGUAGGAUGCAGAAUACGGAGGAUGUAAUUAUCUCUCCGGCUGCGGACAUUGGUCCAGAAAAGGCUGUCGGGGUGCAGUUAGACUGCCUGCAGCCCGUGGGAGACAGCACCCUAGAAGCCACCAGUCCAAUAAAGAUGCCAAGCUUGGAAGAGUUUUCAUCUCCGGCUGAGCAAAGCGUACAGGAAACUACCCGCGCAGUAAAGGAACAAACACCGAUGCCCUGUGCCGAUGCGUUGAUGGCUCCGGCGAAAACCGCAGCUGAAGUAACGGAGUGCUGGGACGAAUACGUGACUCUGACCGCCGACGAAAUGGUCGUUGGGGAAAGCGGUUCUGAGCUGGCAUUUCCCUGCCUCUUCUCUAACACUCAAAGCCCCCUUAAUCUCAGUGGGAAGCACAGCACACAGACUGGCUGGCACUUUCCUGCAGGACCCGGCCUGGCAGAAGAGGUGCACUGCCCACUGUGGCAAUUCCCCGUCUCCAGCUAUUACCCUCCAGUAGAGGCCCCUGGGCCUUUUGAAGCUGUUUUCCAACCAGUGAAUUGGAGAGUAUGGGAGGAGACGGAUGAGAGUGCCACUGCAGCAGAGGCGUCCCCCCCGUUCACCACGGCCUCGAUGGACCUCACCGUCAUGUCCUACAACGUCCUCGCUCAGGACUUGCUCGAGGCCAACGGGGAGCUGUACACGCACUGCCCCCUGGAGGUGCUCGACUGGAGCAACCGCUGCAGACUGCUGCUGGACGAAAUACAGAAAUGGAAGCCAGAUAUUCUGUGUCUCCAAGAAGUUCAGGAGAACCACUACCACCAACAACUGUGUCCAGUCCUGUCUGAUAUGGGCUACACCUGCGUGUUCAAGCGGCGCACGGGCACCAAGACGGACGGCUGCGCCACGUGCUACCGCAGCAGCGGCUUCUCUGAAGUAUCGGUCGCCACGCUGGAGUUCUUCAAGCCGGAGGUGGCGCCGCUGGACCGGCACAACGUGGCCAUUGUUCUGUUGCUUCGGCCGGUGUUCACCGAGGGGUCGGAGGUCAAGGCGCGGGGCCUUCCCCUGUGCGUGGCCAACACCCACCUCCUCUUCAACCCCAGGAGGGGCGACGUGAAGCUGGCUCAGCUGGCCGUGAUGCUGGCCGAAAUUGACCGAGUCGUCAAAUCCUGUAAAGCCAAAGGCGAGGACUGUAACAUUAUAUUGUGUGGAGACUUUAACUCGGUCCCCCAGAAGCCUCUUUACCAGCUGAUCACCACCGGCGAGCUCUACUUCCAGGGACUACCGGCAUGGAUGAUAUCGGGUCAAGAGGAGCUGUCAGAGAAAAGCCAUUGUCGCAGACUGUACGCCCCCCUGUGGUCCGGCUCACUGGGAGUCACUGAUGGCUGCCAGUACACAACAGCCGAGGACGCGUGGAAGAGUCGGAAAUCAGGCAAAUACCAGUACAGCUAUGACUUCCUGCUGCAGCAGCGCUUCUGUCCAGCCGCAUGCCUCCGUCCUGCGUACUUGGAGGUGAUCCGGGGAGUGACGGACAACACGCCAGGUGCUUUAAGGGGUCCACCUUGGAGUCCACCUUGUGAAAAAAAGUUUGGACACACCGUCAGUCACCGGUUUGACCUGCAGUCGGUCUACAAACACAUUCUUCCCGGCUUUGGCAAUCCGGAAGUCACAACAUUGCACUCCGAGGGGGCAGCUACCGUGGACUACAUCUUCUACACCCCGAAACGCGCCUCCACCUGUGAUCAAAACCCUGGUGACUUGAGUGCAGGCCUGAAGCUGAUUGGUUCUCUCUCCCUCCUAUCGGAAGAUGUCCUAUGGUCGUUGAAGGGGCUGCCCAAUCACAUGUUCCCCUCCGACCAUCUCAGUCUUCUGGCCAAGUUCCGGCUGGACCUGAAUGCUGCAUGAUGGGAAAGAGUGGGUGGUGUCAGGGGGAGGAUGAACAUGUUUACAUUUAGAUGGAGCAGAUUUAAAUGAACACGUUAAAUCUGCUCUUUUCUGCUAUUUUUGUUUUGAAUAGAUGCCAACAAUGGAUCUCGUUCUCCAUGGUUUUCAUCAGAUAAAUGACGCAGAGCAAUUACUUGGAUAUGACAAAUCGAAUUAGGCUGUAAUAGUUCAUUUUACAAAAAUACAGGCAGUGCUCGCUUUAAUUCUUACUGCUGCGACAAUGCACUGACCUGCUCAGCUUUCUUUCACUCUUUUUACUAAUUUUUAACCUAAACCAUGUUCAGUCGGUCAUACUUUUGUUGGAUGGUAAUUAUAGAAUAAAUAUUUUCCAUUAU